AUUAAUCAUAUUAUUGGAAUUUCUGCAUAGUACCAUUGAUUGUUUCGCUGGAGUGUUGUUAGAACUUAGAUGAUGCAGGAUUCUGAAGACCCUACUGAUUAAUUAAACUUGUUAUAUCCGAUAUAGGUCAGGAUUUUAUUUUCCGGUUUGGGCCGGAUGUCAGGUUGGUUGUUCCCCACCCUGAGAUUAUUAAGGAGAUAUUAUCCACUAAAUUUGACAACUGUUGGGAAAGGGACUUGUGGAUUUGAAAGGUGAGAAAUGGGCUCAGCACAGGAAAAUCAUCAAUCUUGCUUUCCAUAUGAAUCGCUUGAAGGGGAUGAUUCCAACUAUUGUGAGAAGCGGUGCCAAUAUGUUGGAUGGAUGGAGUAAACUGAUAUUGUCAGGUGCAUCGGAAAUUGAUGUGCAAAAAGAGUUCAACGACCUCACAGCAGAUGUCAUUUCCCGCACAGCAUUUGGAAGCAGUUUAACAGAGGGAAAGCAUAUCUUUGAAAUGCAGAACAAACAGAUGAUUCUUGUAGUUGACUCAUUUCGCAGUGUUUAUAUUCCAGGUUUCAGGUUUCUUCCUACUGCGAAGAAUAGGCAACGUUGGAAUGUGGAGAAAGAAAUAAGAAGAUCCUUCAGGCAAAUUAUAGAUGGCAGGGAAAGGACUGCUAUAACAGAAAAAUCAGGUAGAUAUGGUGCCGAUCUACUAGGUUUUAUGAUGUCUGAGAGCAAGGAGCAGGGGAGAGUCAAUGUAAAAAGUAAUGGAAGUCUGAGUACAGAGGAAAUCAUUGAUGAAUUGAAGACUUUCUACUUUGCUGGUCAUGAAAGCACAUCAGUACUGUUGCAAUGGACAUACAUCAAGAUUGGCAAGAGCGAGGUCGCUGAGAAGUGAUCGAAGUAUGUGGAAAAAACAAUUAUCCAGAUGCAGACAGCUUAAGUCGCCUCAAAACUGUGGGAAUGAUCAUAAAUGAGGUCUUAAGACUUUAUCCACCUGCAGCGCAUAUAUUGCGAAUGGCACAUGAGCCAAUGAAACUUGGAAGGCUCGCAAUUCACCAUGAUCCUGCUUUGUGGGGAGACGAUGCCAUUCAUGCCCUUUAGUGCAGGUCCAACUAUAUGUGUGGGUCAGAAUUUUGCCUUGUUGGAAGCAAAAUUAGUUUUGGCUAUGAUUCUGCAAAAAUUUUCUUUUGUGACUUCACCAUCUUAUACUCAUGCUCCUUCGCUUUUACCUAAUCUGAAACCUGAAUAUGGAGCUCAGCUUAUCUUCCGCAUGGAAUAAUAUCUGAGAAUAGUACUGCCUAGAAAUUCCUCUGUAUUGAAAUUUUAACUAGCACUAUAUAUUUUCUGUUUUAUAAAUCUACAAUCAAAUACUGUAGAUGUUGAAUA